UGGAAAAGCCGGUGUUUCUUCCUUCCUGAAAGUCCAAGUCUUCCUUUCCUUCUCCCCGAGACCCAGUCUCAGCAAUCAGCAUUGAACCCUCUCCCAACCCUUCCCCUUUCGCAUGUAAACUAGUCGAAGCUAUAACAGAACUUUGUUCAGUUACAGAUCGCGGUUAUUUCUUCAAAGCUUCUUUCUUUAAGUCUCAGAAUUCUUGGUUGUCGGGAGCAUUUAAUUUAACUUAAUGGGUCUAUUGUCAAAUCAUAGAGGCUCAAGAACAGAGACAAACCAGGAAACUUUACCGGUUUCCACAGCUGGUUUAUCGGUGCCGCCCAAGAAGAGAUGGUCCAAUCUAAUGCCGCUGUUCGUGGCCCUUGUGGUCAUAGCAGAGAUCGCCUUCUUGGGUAAGUUGGAUGUGGCGAAGAACACAGUUAUGGUCGAUACGUGGGCGGACUUAAUUUACUGGUCUCCUGAAGUCGUACCAAAAGAUGAUUUGGGAAUAGCUCAUGAAGUCGUACCAAAAGAUGAUUUGGGAAUAGCUCAUGAAGUCGUACCAAAAGAUGAUCUGGGGGUAGAUAUGCUGGGUAGGGGUCGGAGUUCAGAAUCUGAGAGCUGUGAGGAGUGGUUAGAGAGGGAGGAUGCUGUGACGUAUUCAAGGAACUUCACAAAGGAACCUAUUUUGGUUAAUGGAGCUGAGCAGGAGUGGAAAUCUUGUGCCGUUGGAUGCAACUUUGGUUAUAAUUCAGGUAUCAAACCUGAUGCAGCAUUUGGCAUACCUCAGCAAGGUGGAACGGCUAGUGUUCUGCGAUCUAUGGAAUCUUCGCAAUACUAUGCAGAGAACAAUGCAAUGGCAAGACGGAGGGGAUAUCACAUUGUAAUGACAACCAGUCUAUCAUCUGAUGUUCCUGUUGGAUAUUUCUCUUGGGCUGAGUAUGACAUUAUGGGACCUGUACAACCGAAAACUGAAAGUGCCCUUGCAGCUGCUUUCAUUUCCAAUUGUGGUGCUCGAAAUUUCCGGUUGCAAGCUCUUGAGGGUCUUGAAAAAGCAAACAUCAAGAUUGAUUCUUAUGGUGGUUGCCAUAGAAACCGUGAUGGAAGAGUGGACAAAGUGGAAACCCUGAAGCACUACAAAUUUAGCUUGGCAUUUGAGAAUUCAAAUGAGGAGGAUUAUGUAACUGAAAAAUUCUUCCAAUCUCUUGUUGCUGGUUCUGUUCCUGUUGUGGUUGGCGCUCCAAAUAUUCAGGAUUUCGCCCCAGCCCCUGGUUCAAUUUUACAUAUUAGAGAGCUAGAAGAUGUUGAAUCAGUCGCCAAAGCCAUGAAACACCUGGCAGAGAACCCCGAGGCAUAUAACCGUUCACUGAGAUGGAAGUAUGAGGGCCCAUCUGAUUCUUUCAAGGCCCUUGUGGACAUGGCGGCAGUACAUUCAUCUUGCCGCCUUUGCAUUCACUUGGCCACAACGAUUAGAGAGAAGGAAGAAAAGAGCCCAGGCUUCAAGAAGCGCCCCUGCAAGUGCAAUAGAGGUUCAGAAACUGUAUAUCACAUAUAUGUGAGAGAAAGGGGACGGUUUGAGGCGGAGUCCAUUUACUUGAGGUCAAGCAAUCUGACUCUGGAAGCUUUGAAGUCUGCUGUGUUAAAGAAGUUCACAUCCCUGAAUCAUGUACCCAUAUGGAAGACAGAAAGACCAGAAAGCAUAAGAGGAGGAAAUGAGUUAAAAAUUUACAGAAUAUAUCCUGUAGGGUUGACACAGAGGCAGGCUUUAUAUACCUUCAGCUUCAGAGGAAAUGCUGAUUUUAGAAACCACUUGGAAAGCAAUCCAUGUUCCAAGUUUGAAGUCAUAUUUGUGUAGCAUUGUUAUUUUAUGCUCUCUCUUCCCUUUCUAUGAAUACCUAACACCACCUUCAGCUUCUCGUUGCAGGCAUUGAUAUCUUAGAAUCACUGAUGGAGGGGUUUAGCUUUAGUACGCAAAAGAAAAUGGAAGGAAAAAGGUGUCUGAUUUGAAUCAGGCGUGGCUUUUUCCCUCUUCUCUCCCAGUUAUCUCAAUGGGAAAGUAGAUUUAGAAAUGAGUCGAGAGGUGUGGCAUUUUUAACCUCUUAAUUAGGUGAUAGAGGGAUUUUUAUUUUGACAUCUGGAGGGAACCAGGCUUCAUUUUUAAACUCAUUCCGUGCAUGAUGAGAAGCUAUAUAAGGAAGAUUCCUUUUGGAUGUAUUUAGUUGUUAUGAUUUGUCUAAAUUAUAACUAUAAUCUGAACAUGUCCGACAGGUCCUGUAUAUUGUAUCAAGGAAUCGCUUGUUAUUUCAUGCGCCUUCUGAUUGCUAUUAGUAUUAUUACAUACGUUUUUUU